UUCACAAAACUCAAACGCAACUACGCUCGCAAUCGUUCGUACCAGUCUAAGAGCGCCGCCGCCGCCAGUGCUUGGAGUGAAGUGUUUUCCCAUGAAGGCUCCACUGCCUUGCCAACGGUCUCAUGCACGGAGGAUUUAAGUGAGCAGACGAUAGGCCUAUUGCGACAAUAUUGUGUCAUUACACAUCCCGGCGCGCAAUGCUCAUAGAAAGGGACAGCCAAACAAAGCCUAUUAGUGCUUUUGAGAGGCGUCUCACAGAGAGUUUCUGUCGGUUGGCGUGUAAAACAGGAAGUAUCAUGCGACUUGAAUUCUAACCUGUGCCGCGCCACUCAUAUGCCUUCGUCACGUAUGACUAAGGAUCAGUUACGCGAUGCGCUGGCCGAUGUUGGUGUCAAGACUGGUUCGAAGAUGAAAAAAGCCGAACUGGUAAAACUAUAUCGAGAAAAAAUACUUGAUCAACAGGUAUCGACAGUAUCUCCAAACGAUUCGCUUAUCGGUGGUUUCAGUUCGGACGAGGAGGAACCCGUGGCUCUAGACACUUCACAUAUCACUAGCGCAACCAACGUGAAACAUCUGACGAACGACGAGAUAUUCUACAAACUUAAGGAGCUCGGUGAGCAUGUCGGUCCCAUCCUUGACUCUACGCGGUCUAUCUACGAGCGAAAGUUGAUUCGUCUUCUUGGCGGUGACGAAGCUGAUGGCGACAACUACGACAAGGGCAUCUCGAGCUUCUCAGCCGAUGAAGAGGACGAGGCCGACAAGGACGAAACAGAUGAGUACGAUGUUGUUGGAGCUACAAGCGACAACACCGAACACUUCAAAAAUAGCGGCUUCUCGGAGAAGAUAGUUGACGAUAACGGUUUUUCAAACACAUUGUCGAGAGAACACGAAAAAAUACAAAUACAAGACGACGGAAGUAUCGUACGAACACGUCGGCACCAUACGAUCAAGUCCUACACAAACGAAAGUCAUACGGCUAACGGCAAAUCAUUUGUGCCUCCACCUCCGAAGAAGCAUAAUUUACCUAUCGUUGCAGGGGUAGCACUUCUUGUUCUCGCUGUUAUUGCCGUACUCAUUUGCCCUAUCUGUCUUUAUAGGGUAAACCUAGAAUCCGGUAAACCCUUUGCCGCGGUUCCUAGCUCUGGAUCGGCUCCCCCCGCUGAAAACGUCCCUACAAGUUCAAAAACCGUCGUCAUCGGUAGCGGCAUAAAUGGAUCCCCGAAGUAAUGGGGUUGGCAGUAGUCGCAACAGGGACUACUCCACCUUACAAUUUCGACCCACUGGUUUUUACUGGUAGAAAAUUCAGUUAUGUGACUGUCUAAACAGUAGAAAUUCAAUAAAUGAAAACAAAUUUAAACAACAACUGUUUCCCAAGGAAAAUCCGUUUAUGAAGCAUGAACGAAACCAUUCAGUUUAGCCAUUACCCUUCAUGACAUCAUGUGACAAAUAUUACCUACACUUGCUUCAUAUUAACCAUCUAUAUCGAAUGCACAUAAAACUAACAAUAGACUUUAUAUUAACAGAAUUCAUGUAAUGCAUCGUAUGUACGCCUACACACACACACACGAGACUAGCACAUGAAAAUGCACUGAACUUUCCUAUACUUCAUCUCAACAGAUAACUGUUAGUAUGCAUAUAUAUAUAUAUAUAUAUAAUUUUUUUCUGCAUUUUAUAUAUGUAUAUAUAUAUAUAUAUACAUAUAUAUAAUGCAGAAAAAAAAAAUUAAUUCUAAACAACUGUAGCAUACCAAAUAAACGUUUAUUUUAAGAUUGGAUCAUUGGUCGGCAAAUCAGCUCUGCUGUACUUGUGUCUUAGAUGAAGGGCCGUGCAUAGCAUAGUGCCCCUCCGCCGAGGGAAAUUUGGAAAACCAAUCGCAACGCUAUCAUACGUGACCGUAUUAUUAUCCUACAACUAUUAUUAUGAUUACUUUUAGCAUAAGUAUGUAGGCACAUGUAUCACAGAUGAACGUUUAAGUGGUAAGUGAACUUCACCUCAUGUUCUCUCAUACACUUGCAUAUAUUAUUACCCUUGCUAUUCUUAUAAGUUAUUAUUGUCUUUAUAAACUGACGCUCCUCCUGUUGUUCUUAUUGCAUGCACGAACAUCAAACUUAUACGACAAUAUCAUCAUUUGGUCUAGAGAUUAGGCUAGUGCCGCUAUUGUGCCUAGCCGUAACUGUUAUUUUCAUGACGAUAAUUAGUAUAAAAUGUUACGCAGAAAACAAAAAAUCUUCUUAACAUAAAAAAGAAUAUAUAUAUAAAAACACACACCGGUAAGCGGACAAAAGCAAAAGAACUAUAUACCAGAACAUUCGGGGAAGUGGAUUUGGGGUCGAACGGCGAAAAUAAAGCAGGACUAUAUGAACAGACACAGGCAAGCCAAUGAUGUGAAUAUCCCUUCCACCUUACACAUUAUAUAUAUAAACGUAUAUAUAUAUAUAUUUGAAAAAAUAUAGUGCGUUCUCACCAUGUAAUAUUUGAUCGUCGUGCCACAUUUCUCGACUCAGGUCCAGCUACCCGAGUGCUCCGUGUAUAUAUCUGACUCAUAUGUUGUAUGUAUGUUGCUAAAUGACAAAAGAAGAAAAUGUAAUAGGAAAUAGAAAUUAAAUAAAUAUGAGCAAGAAGUACUCAGACCUUCCUAAAUACUUUAGCUCUUCUUUUAACUGCUUAAGCACUAACAAUCAAACUGAGGGACUGUAAUCUAAUUUGUGCUGCUAAAAUAUGUGCAGUGUACACCUGCUUCUUUAUACAAUACAGCGCUUGCACUCACGUAAUUCGCUGAUACAAAUCCUUCAAUAGAAAGAUUACAUAAAGCAUGUUUUUGCCUGAUGUUCUGCCCGUUGGGCUCGUGAAUGUAAGGAUUAUAGAACUGCUGUAAAAUAAAUUUUUAUAUAAAGGUCAUUUUAUCGUAUAGUUCAUUAAAAAACGUCCUUGCUAAAUGUGAAUCUUAGCGUAUGUAUCUCUUUAGCAACUUCAACACUGUCCAUAGGAAACCAUGCUGCUAAAUAGAAUAUGUAAUAUUAAUACACUAAAUUUUAGCCAAGCCAGCGACUCGACAAAUCACGCCAUUGUGGUAGUUCAGAUGGGCAAGUUGCCGUCUAUGACUGAGUUGCCGUUCACCUGAGUUCCCCUGUACGACACAUAAGCGCCACCAAAUUUAGUCCUGUGGACUUGUGGAAGAAAGCAAUUCGUCAAAAAAUACAUUUUGCUUAAUAUGUUGGGUUGCGGAAAAAGUCUUAACGGUUUUACUAGCUUUAAAAUAACAUAUCUCAGCUAUAUGAGUCGCCUCGCUUCCGAUUGAAUUUGGCAGCAGUAGAUAUGCUAAAAUUAUUGGAACACCUUAGGAAUAAAGGUGUUAGGAAUACAAUACACAUUAGGAAUAAAUGUGGAGCGCCUUUAGCUUAGUGAAAUUUCUGCAAAAAAAAACCGCUAUAUUUUACAAUUUGGUUACAAUAAAGGUACAAAUGCCGCCUAGGCCUAUAAAAAAUUUUGCUGUUUGUACUACAGAUGCGUUAUCGAAAGAAAUGACCCAAAAAUAAUUAUCUUGUCGUUGUUCUUGAAAUUUUUAUGUGAAAGAGACUCUUUGUAGUUGUCGACCAACUACGUAAAUAGUUGAUGAAAUCAUUGAACAGUUGA